AUGGUUACUAGGAUACUGUUGGGUGGACAAUGGACCGCCCUGUAUCCUAGGGACAAGGUCCAAAGCGUUCAGUCCUGAUUUGAGGACCUCGAUGAAACGAUAGGGAAGCCAUCAAUCAUGGAGGCGGACAAACUCAAGAUUGAAGAUAUAGACAAAGAGGAGGAGGAAGAGGAGGAGGAGGAGGAUGAUUUGACUGAAUUCUCUGAUGAAAGCAAGGAAUUCGAUGACAAAUGGUACAAAAAGCUGCUGAGAUUCUUCUUCUCGUUUGUGGGCUUAUUCAUCCUUCUGGCUUUCUGGACCAUCGCAGGAGCCUUCUACUUUUACACAGAAGAGAAGGCCAUCGAAGAUCAUAAGAAGGCAUUGAUGGAGGCUAAGGCCAACGACGUGAAAGCCAGCAAGGAUUAUAUCGCCGACAGGUUGGAGUACAUCCUCUAUGACCAACAUGGCGGCUACAACAAUUGCACCAAGUUCACGGAUGACCCCUUCUAUGAGCCCAACCCCCAUGGGUACAGCCAUGUGUGUCUGGACCAAACCAAUAGCGCCAUGAACGCAUCCAGAUUUUGCCAUUGUGUCUGGACUUACAAAAACCGGGUAAUAAAUGAGGCUGAGAUGAAUAUUGAUCGUAUGGUAAAAUUCAUAGUCGAGAGCGCGAUUACAUCUGGUUACAAUAUCAAUGUGACAACAGGUGAACCCUUGUGGGACACUCAAUGGACAUUCACGAACUCGUUGCUCUUCACCAUGACCACAUUGACCUUAAUUGGGUAUGGACACAUUGCUCCCUCCACGCAAACGCUGAGGCUCACUGUCAUGUUAUACGCUCUCAUUGGCUUGCCCUUGACCAUGGUAUUUCUGGCCAACAUUGGAGGAAUCAUGGCAGAUUCCAUUACUUACCUCUACUCACGAGCUUGUUGCCGUUGGUGUAGGGUUCGACGCAAAAAUGCGGAAAUAGACGGGGAUGACGAGCAAAAGUUAACAUUAUCGAAUGACAAAGUCGGGCAAGAGGAAUAUAUGCCAACUGAAGGUGUAUUGGUUCCUAUUACCAUAACUCUGUGCAUUAUGGUGGGAUAUUGUGUGUUUGGAGCCGUGAUAUUUGUCAAUUGGGAGGACUGGGAGCUCAUGGACGCCUGUUACUUUACUUUUAUCACCCUGACAACCAUUGGCUUUGGGGAUUAUGUCCCUGGAGCAAGCUUUUCCACUUCUGGAGAGUCCAACACAUCCCUUGUCAUCAAACUGAUCUUCACCACAUGCUAUUGUCUUUUGGGAUUGGCAUUGAUUGCCAUGGGGAUCAGUUUGAUGCAAGAGUCCAUCACUCAGAAAGCUGGAUGGAUGGCUGAGCAAACGGACAAAGACGGAAGAGAUGACAUGGACAAAUACAUUCUCACGGUUCACCACCAUAUCCGAGAAACGCCCCCUACCAAAACGGGUGCCAAACUGUCGUAUAACAGUCGUCCUGAAACAAUUCCAGAGGAGUUCACUGAUGUGACUCUUGUUGAGCCUGUGGUACAGUCGGUUUCUGAUGAUGAGAUUGAACAGCUUAUUGCUGAAGAAGCCUGAACAUUGAUCAUGCGCCCAUUGGACAUACUUCUUUUAGUUAAUCUAGAUUUGCAUACAAACAAGAUAUGAAUAUUAUGUACAGUAUCCACUUUCAAUGAAUUUGUGCGUCUACAGUAAAGGACAGAAAUAUACAUUGGUACGCUUGCUUAGAAAUUGAAAA